AUGGCUCAGAUUGCUUCCCUGCUCAUCACGAUCAUGAUGGCGAAUGAUCAGCAGGUGAGAAGUAAAGUGAUCGAGCACUGGAGAUACAUCAAACCUGAGAAGAAGCUGGACAUCAUGACGACCAUCGAAAACAAUGAAGGAAAUGCACUUCCAGGCUCAGUCCUGCGGCUGCUGAUUUGCCUACCAAAUGACGAGAAAACUCUGCUGCCCUGUGCCAGUGAGGCUAUGCAAAAGCCUUGGCCUUAG